CAACUUUCCUACUUCAUCUCAAAAAAUUCUAAAAAUGAGCAAAGAACAAGCUGUUCAGGAAGUUCAAGAAGUCGAACAAAUUGAUAAGGCGUCUGAGGAAAAGGUUUCGACUCCAGCCAAGCAACCGGCUUCGGCAGAUGCUCCAAAGCCUGAUGUUGGUGAAGAAAGCCGUGAUUCGGUAGUUUCGUCUGUGGACAACGGUGUCUCUGAAGAAGAUCAGGAUGAAGGUAGUCAAAAGAGUGCGGAUGAUGAAAAGCCGGAUGAGGUCACCACUGAGGACGCUUCGAAGCAUCUUUCUUCUGACAAUGGGGUUGCCGAUCGGUCUGUCAAGGGAAAUGGUCAUUCGGCUGAAGAGAAAAGUGACGUCGUCACUGAAGUUGUGGCUGAACUUAAUGGAAAUGAUGCUAAGAACCGUAAACGUUCUGGACCAGGCGAUGAUUUAACGCACGAGGAAGAUCAGCUUCAGCAGAAGAAGAAGCGCGUGGAAGAUGGUGAGCAAGAAGAGAAGGAAGUUCAGGCUGUUGCAACGGAAUGA